AUGUGGACACAGGUUAAAGAACUCUUUUCUUCUCUGGGAGUUGACUGUAACAUCUUGGAACUUGAUCAAGUUGAUGAGGGGGCCAGUGUCCAGGAGGUUCUCUCAGAGAUCACCAACCAGAGGACUGUGCCCAGUAUCUUUGUGAAUAAAGUGCACGUGGGUGGUUGUGACCACACUUUCCAGGCACAUCAGAGUGGUUUAUUACAGCAGCUCCUCCAGCAGGACCCAGCGUACGACUACGACCUCAUCGUCAUCGGCGGGGGCUCUGGGGGCCUCUCGUGCGCUCAGGAAGCCGCCGUCCUGGGGAAGAAGGUCAUGCUGUUGGACUUCGUGGUCCCGUCCCCCCGGGGCGCGUCCUGGGGUCUUGGUGGCACAUGUGUGAAUGUUGGCUGUAUCCCGAAGAAGCUGAUGCACCAGGCCGCGCUGCUAGGGCAGGCGCUGACUGACUCGAGGAAGUUCGGCUGGGAAUACAGUCAGCAAGUGAAGCACAGCUGGGCCACCAUGACUGAGGCCAUCCAGAGCCACAUCGGCUCGCUGAGCUGGGGCCACCGGCUGGCUCUGCGGGAGAAGGCAGUGACCUACGUCAACUCCUAUGGGGAGUUUGUCGAGCACCACAAAGUCAAGGCAACCAAUGAAAAAGGACAGGAGGCGUUUUAUACCGCUGCCAAGUUUGUCAUCGCGACGGGAGAGAGGCCGCGCUACUUGGGAAUCCAGGGAGACAAAGAGUACUGUAUCACCAGCGACGACCUGCUCUCGCUGCCCUGCUGCCCGGGCGCGACGCUGGUGGUGGGUGCAUCCUGCGUGGCGCUGGAGUGCGCGGGCUUCCUGGCCGGCCUGGGCCUGGAGGUCACGGUGAUGGUGCGCUCGGUCCUCCUGCGGGGCUUCGACCGGGACAUGGCCGAGCGCGUGGGCGCCUCCAUGCAGCAGCUCGGCGUGCGCUUCCUGCGCAAGUUCGUGCCCGUGCAGGUCCAGCAGCUGGAGAAGGGCCUGCCCGGGAGGCUGAAGGUAGUGGCUAAAUCCACGGAAGGGACAGAGACGGUCGAGGGCAUCUACAACACGGUUUUGUUAGCAGUUGGUCGUGACUCCUGUACAAAGAAGUUAGGGCUGGAGAAGAUUGGUGUGAACAUCAGUGAGAAGACGGGCAAGAUCCUGGUAAACGACGAGGAACAGACCAGUGUGCCCUACGUCUACGCUGUCGGGGACGUCCUGGAGGGCAAGCCGCGGCUCACCCCGGUCGCCGUGCAAGCGGGCAAGCUGCUGGCUCGAAGGCUUUUUGGGGGCCGAUCAGAGAAGUGUGACUACGUCAACGUCCCCACCGUGGUAUUCACGCCCUUGGAGUACGGCUGCUGUGGGUACUCAGAGGAGAAGGCUAGCGAGGUGUACCAGGCGGAGAAUCUGAAUGUCUACCACACUCUGUUCUGGCCUCUCGAGUGGACAGUGGCCUGCAGAGACAGCAACACUUGUUACGCGAAGAUAAUCUGCAAUAAACUGGAGAACGAUCGGGUGGUAGGAUUUCACGUCCUCGCACCGAACGCCGGGGAGAUCACCCAGGGCUUUGCCACCGCCAUGAAGUGUGGGCUCACAAAGCAGCUGCUGGGUGACACCAUCGGGAUCCACCCCACGUGCGGAGAGGUAUUCACCACCUUGGAGAUCACCAAGGCAUCGGGACUGGACAUCACGCAGAAGGGCUGCUGA